AUGAAAGCCAUCAACCAGCACAUUAUGUGCAGCCUGUGUGCCGGCUAUCUCGUCGACGCCACCACCAUUACCGAGUGUCUUCACACCUUCUGUAAGACGUGCAUCGUGAAAUACCUGCAGACUUGCAACAGUUGCCCCAUCUGCACGACUGUUGUUCACGAGACUCAGCCGCUGCUUAACCUCCGCCCAGACAGAACCAUGCAAGAUAUUGUCUACAAGCUGGUACCGGGGCUCUACAAGGAAGAAAGAGAAAGACGAGAAAGAUUUUACUUGGAACGAGGAGAAGCCGAUCCCAAUUGUCGCCCACCUCCGAUGGACCCGGUGGAUACGAGCACCGAGUUUUCUCAGAACCACUUCAGCAGAGAUGAAGACCUCUUAUCUCUGCAGGUCGAGCCACACUCAACAGUUGCUGACUAUCCUUCAGUGCAGUUGCAGGAGCUGACUCGGAAGUUCAUGCGCAUGUCUUCCCGUGCAGCAGUUCAUCAGCUGAAGUGGUUUCUGGUCCACAAACUGUGUGUGCCUGCCCUCUAUGAGCUCGACCUGGUGUGUGACGAAAACAUACUUCACAAAGACAGCACUCUCAAGUUCAUCUGGCUCUCGUACUGGCUGAAGAAACAGCCUCCUCUCAUCAUACACUAUAAACUGAAGCCCAGACUAGUCUGA